GCUGCAGUUAUACAAAAGAUUUGACCGCGUUACCGUCAUCGUCAUCACCGUCAUCGUCAACGUCGGCGCGUGCGUUGAGUAUUCAUUCAAUACAUCGUUAUGAAAUUCGCAAUUGCAAUGUCGGCACUCGGGCUGCUUCUGCUUGUCGGCGCCCAGGGCACCACUAUAAUCAGCAUCAAGUAUCCGCCGCAGAGCAACGAUAAAACUGCGCUGGACCCACAGCCGGCACAGCAACCAGCGAAGCGGGAUCUUAGUCUAAGCUAUGCGGCCACCAAUAUUGAUUCCAAGGAGGGCACACGUGUGAAGACGAUCACAGUGAUCAAGAAUGUGGGCGGCGUGGGCGUGAGCGAUGUGGGAUCAUCGAGUGCGGCAACAAGCAACAGGCAAGUGAAGCUGGCCAUUAAUCCCGAGCUGCAUAAGAACGAGGAAUGGGCGAAUGCAUUUCGCGAUAACUUUGAAUCCUAUGGCGGGCUGCCCGAUGUGCCCGAUAUAGACGAUCUCUUUGACUUUGUCAAUCGCAAGCCGAGCGUAGAGCCCAAAAAGGAGACGGGCACUGUCAAGGACGCCAAGGAGAAGCCAACGGAAAGCACAACAAAGUCAGCGCCAGAACCAACAAAAAAGGCGACCAGCGAACAUGCCGAGGAUGCAGACGACAGUGACGAGGCCAUCGUAGAGAAGAUCAAGGGAGAUGCCGAACUAUUGCCGCACAUCAAGCAGGCCAACAUAUUGCGACUGCAGGCGCAGGAGUUAAGGCAAAAGCAGCAGCAGUUGCAACAGUUGCAGCUACAUCAGCAGCAGCAGCCAGAGCUGGAGCAGACAAAGCGUUCGCUGGUGAAUGUUAACUAUUCGACACCGAUGCAUACGGUAAGCCAAUUCUUUGAGAACUAUGUCCAAGUGCUGCCCAAUGGCUAUGACUACACAAAACCCGAACCGGAAGAGCCGCCGCAGCAGCAGCAGCAGCCGUGUGCUGUUCCCGUGCCGCCCAACAACAGCAUACAGGUGACAACGCCAUCGGGUCGCAGUUAUGACAUACCACAGAGCAACAGCAGCGGCAACAACGGCGGCAUCAAUCAUCCCUAUUUGGCUCCAGCGCUAGCGAAGCGCACACAGAUUCAACAACCAGCUGCUCCACAGCAACCGCAAUCGCCGCCAAGCUAUUCCACAGUCAACUCAAUUGUGCCGCCCAUUGUACAGGGUCAAAUUCCGUCGCAGCCGCCGUUGCCGCCUCAGCCUUUGCCACCGCAACCAUCACCUUCAAUAUCUGGAGCAGGCGCUGGCGGCGUCUCCACCAGUCAGCGUCCGUAUGUUGCGCCCAGCUUGCGCAACAAUGGUCUGGGCAUCAAUCGUGGGCCGCUGUCGACGCCGCAGCCGUCGUCUCUGCCACCGCAACCGUUGCCUGGCAAUAAUUUCAAUAAUAACAACGGUAAUGCUUUGCCUAGUUAUCGCUUAAAUGGUUUCGGCGGCAAUCGUCCGAAUAUAUUUCGAUCGCGCGGCUUAAAAUAUUGAUUACGUUUUAUAUAUGUAUAUUCUUACUUAUGACUAUUGCCUAAUUAUUAAGAAAGUCGUUUAUGUUAUGUUUGUAUUUAAUGUGUGUGGCGCAAGCGUGUUUUUCCUAAAUAUAUAACAAACAAUUCAA